GUGCUCGGUGAGGCGUACAAUAAUGGUGUGGAGUGGGUCUACACCUCCACGAGCUCGGCCAGUAGCGGGAACAGUUGAAUUGGUCAGUCGGUCCGCAAACAUCAGUCUUGGAUUUGCGCUUGAAUUGCGCACUCGGUACCGCGUGUGGAAACCAGCGUGAAAGUAAAACGGCGUCGUCAGGCGUUGCCAUGCACAUCAAGUUUACCAUCAACGGGAAGCUUUACCAGGUUACCCCGGACCAGCUGCCGAUAGAUGCAACAUUGAACAGCUUCAUACGCACCAGGGCACAUCUGACGGGUACGAAGUUUAUGUGUCUCGAAGGUGGCUGUGGAGUGUGCAUCGUGAACGUCGUCGAUACCCAUCCGGUUACCAAGCAACGCAUCACGUUCUCGGUGAAUUCGUGUCUGUUAUCGGUGUUUUCCUGCCAUGGCAUGGAUAUUCUCACGGUGGAGGGCAUCGGCUCGAAAGCGGCCGGCUAUCAUCCGGUGCAGGAGCGGCUGGCUCAGUUUAAUGGUACGCAGUGUGGUUUCUGUUCACCCGGCAUGGUCAUGAGUAUGUACAGCUUGCUCGAAGCUAACAAAGGUAGCGUUACGAUGGAGGACGUGGAGAAAGGCCUCGCGGGGAAUAUAUGUCGCUGUACGGGCUACCGACCGAUACUGGAUGCGUUUAAAUCCUUCGCAAUUGAUGCACCGCCGGAUGAUCGAUUGGCACGCCGUGCUCUCGGUAUCGUAUGUCAACCGGACAUUGAAGAGCUACCCCGGGCGAACUGUGUCGGAUGUGAGCGGGAGUGUUCGGCCAAGAGUUACUUCGAUGAAUCGGUAAACCUUCAGUUUCCUCAAACCGAACGGCGUUGGUUUCGGGUGCGUACUGUGGACGAAAUUUUUGACAUCCUUCGUGAGGAGAAUGCUGGCGUUGGAAUGUACAUGCUGGUGGCCGGUAAUACAGGCCACGGUGUUUACCGACGAAGGAAGGAUUUGCGGCUUUUUAUCGACGUGCGUAAUGUGGAGGAAUUGCGCAACUAUUGGAUCGGAAGUUCCGUCAUCGUCGGUGCUAAUGUGACGCUGAGUGAGUUGGUUGAAAUACUACGGGAAGCGGCACGUACCGAUCGUCGCUUUACGUACUGUGUCGAGCUGGCCCGACACGUAGAGGAGAUCGCACAUCCGGCGGUACGGCAUGUGGGCACUAUCGCAGGGAAUCUGAUGCUCAAGCAUUGCCAUCCUGAGUUCCCGUCCGAUCUGUACGUGCUGUUUGAUGCGAUCGGCGUUGAGAUGACGAUUGCUUCGCCGAGCGGUGCGAUGGAAAAACUAUUGCCCGGCCAGUUUCUCAGCUUCAACAUGCACAGACGCGUGCUGCUGAACGUUACGCUACCGCCGCUCGAUUCGGACCGGUGCGUGUUUCGAACGUACAAGAUAGCGGCAAGGGCGCAGAAUGCUAGCGCCCAUGUCAACGCCGCCUUUCUGUUGCGGCUGUGCGCACGCAAAAUUAACGUCGAGCAAGCGCACCUUUGCUUUGGUGGGAUCGGACCGAAGUUUUCCCGUGCCUUCCGGACCGAACAAUACCUAGAGGGAAAGAACCCGUUCAACAAUGUCGUGCUGCAGGAGACACUUGCCGUGCUAAAUGCCGAACUGGCCGGCGGUCAAUCGGAACCAACGGUUGAUGCAUCUUACCGGCGGCAGGUAGCGGUCGGCUUACUGUACCGCUUUGUGCUUCACAUUGCGCCACGCGAUCGUCGUGUCGCCAACCCGACAGUCCGUUCCGGUGGAUCAGCCAUACAGCGGCCUCUCUCAACCGGUGCACAGUCCUUCGAUACGUAUCCGUCCAACUGGCCGCUAACACAAGCAUUACCGAAGCUGGAAGCCUUCCAGCAGACGGCCGGUGAAGCGGUGUACGUGAAUGAUCUACCCAGCCAACCGGAUGAACUGCAUGCGGCGUUCGUUUUGGCAACUGUAGCACGUCGUCAGCUUGUUACGAUCGAUCCGUCGCCUGCUCUUGCACUGCCCGGGGUAGUUGCGUUCUACUCCGCUAAAGAUAUCCCGGGCGAGAAUGAUUUUGCGGCACUCAAAGGUGGUCUCAAUACUGCUUUCCCGUUUCGGAACGUACCGGAGCAGAUUCUGUGCAGUGGGAAAGUACUGUACCAUGGUCAGCCGAUUGGUAUUGUGGUUGCGGCAACAUACGAAUUGGCAACAGAGGCAGCCAUAAUGGUGAAGGUGUCGUAUGGAGAGCCUGAUGGUGAGCCGAUCCUCCCGACGAUCGAGGAUGUGUUUGCUAGUGGUAAUACAUCGAAUCGUUUCCUUACACUUGAACCCGACGUGGUCGGACGAUCGUACAAUAGACCGGGAAGCACGUCCGGUACGUUAAAAAUUACUGGCCGGUGUCACUUUCGCAGUCAAGCCCACUUCACGCUAGAACCACAAACUUGCCUUUGCAUUCCGUCGGAGGAUGGAACCGGGAUGGAUGUGUACAGUGCUACUCAGUCGAGUCACAUGGUACAGGUAGCGAUCGCGAAGGCACUUCACUUGCGCCAGAGCAGUGUACGCGUGAUUGUACUCCCCGUGGGUGGUUCUUACGGAGCGAAGCUGUCCCGUGGAGCUUGGGUCGCAAGCGCGUGUGCGUUAGCGUCCUAUCUUUCCCGACGUCCCGUUCGGAUGGUAGUUCCGUUCGAGACUACGAUGCAGGGCAUUGGGAAGCGCAUUGGAGGCCACUGCGAAUACGAGGUGGAUGUACGCCCGGGCGAUGGACGUAUCGUGAGGCUUUCCAACACGUACCACGAAGACUUGGGUGCGUCCAACUACGAGUCAAUGACAAUGCUGUUCCGUGAAGCGUUCCGUAACUGCUACAGCGAUGACAGCUGGAGACUGCGGUUGCGGGGCGUUCUUUCCGAUUCACCCAGCACUACCUGGUUGCGAUCACCAGGAACGGCGGAAUCGAUCGCGACCAUAGAAACGAUCAUGGAACAUGUGGCAUUUGUUACCGGACUCGCUCCACAAGCGGUACGACUCGCCAAUAUGGAGCCGGGAAGUACCAUGACCACCCUGUUACCGACCUUCCACGAACAGGUGGACUUCAAAGUGCGUAAGGCGGCUGUUGAUCGACACAACGAAACGAACCGUUGGAAAAAGCGUGGAAUUGCGAUCGUCCCAAUGGGUCACCCAAUCCGAUACUUUGGUGGUAUGAAUGCUUGGGUUUCGAUCUACCAUGUAGAUGGUAGUGUGGCCGUUACCAUCGGGACACCCGAGAUUGGACAGGGUGUCAACACGAAGGUGGCACAGGUUGUGGCCCACACACUCGGUAUCCCUUUGGCGUUGGUUUCGGUGAAACCCCACACGUCCAUUGGUUCACCGAACGCGUUCAUUGAGGGUGGUAGCAUCAGUACGGAUUUGGUGGCAUACUCAGCACGGCGCGCCUGUGAAACUCUGCUCGAACGCAUCCGGCCAAUACGGGAGGAUAAUCGUACCGCACCAUGGGAGGCAAUCGUGCAGACGUGUUAUCAGCGUCGCAUCGAUCUGACCGCCUCAUACAACGCCAAACGUUCGGAUCUGCGCGGUUACACCGUGUGGGCACUGUGCGCGGUCGAACUGGAGGUAGAUGUGCUUACCGGUCAGGUGCAACUAGUGCGUGUGGACAUACUCGAAGAUACGGGUGAAAGUAUGAAUCCGCUGCUAGAUAUUGGUCAGAUCGAGGGUAGUUUCGUGAUGGCACUAGGAUAUCAUCUGAUUGAGGAGCUGCGAUAUGAUCGUGGAACCGGUGCGCUUAAGAACUUCCGCACGUGGAACUACAAGCCACCGAGUGCGCGCGACAUACCGGUGGAUAUGCGUGUCCGGUUGUUGCAGAAAAGCUCCAACCCUGCAGGUGUACUCCGAUCGAAGGCAACCGGUGAACCGGCGUACAAUUUGGGUGUUACUGUGCAAUUCGCACUGCGCUACGCACUUGCUGCCGCACGUCGCGAUGCAGGUUUGCCCAGUGAAUGGCUUGAGAUUGCCACUUCUAUGACGCCCGAGAAGGUGCUCGCACUCACCGGUACCACGAUCGAUCAGUUUGUGCUUCAUUGAAAUGGCGAUAGUUAGCUAGAACUAAGCCAAUAACAACCAAGAUAUGUAAAGAACAUUUAUAUCUUACUUAGUUGGUAUUCUAUAACAUUUUUUAAUAAGCUAAGAAGAAGAAAAAUGAACGAGAUACUACUAACAGUAUGUUUUAUAAAAAUGUUGCAACAUCCUGACAAUAAAUUACAUCGUUUCAACUAGUAACUUCAAUUCUGUAUGUGAAUUUCUCCCUUAGGACCUAGGAGGAAAGAAUAUGCUUACUCAGCACUAGAAGCCAACAAUAAAGAGCAUAAUUUUCUCAAAUUUCCAUGAAAUGCUGAAUGCAACAUUCUUAUAUUA